UUUUGGAGUAUAAAAUGUAGCUAAUCCAUAAAAAUAAAUCUCUAGCAAAGUAAGUACUUUUGUUUGUAUAAUUCAUGUAAUUUGAUCUGAUGGAAGUGAAAGAAGAAGGAAAAACAAGUCACAAAAAGGUUGUAAUCUUUUGUUGACCGAAGAUGCGCAGGUGGUAGAGCAACAACCGCCGCCGCCGCCGCCGCCGCCGCAUCGAGAUUCAAUGGUAAAAGCAGCCGAAAAGCCUCAAUAAAUAAAAGCCAAUCUCUCACCCUUUUUCUUCCCAUUCGCCAUUGCCACUUCUUUCUCUUCCUCAAUUUCCUUCUCCCUCACACAAGGCCAUGUUUAAGAUCCCGGAUCAUCAAGUUGCUGGCCAUCAAGCAAGUGAUGGAAGCAUGGGUCCUCUUGUAGAUGAUUCAGGGCUCUUCUUCAAGCCUCUACAGAAGGAUGAACGAGGAUCUAAGGAAGUGGCUUUCUAUAAAUCACUCUCUUCAAAUACCAAAGUUCCAGAUAACAUUCGUGCCUUCUUCCCUGCUUUCCAUGGAACUCAGGAUAUACCUGCAUCAGACGGUUCUGGCUUGCAUCCCCAUCUUGUUUUGCAGGAUCUCAUCUCAAAUUACCAAAAUCCGUCUAUUGUUGAUAUUAAGAUUGGUUCUAGAACUUGGUAUCCACAAGCUUCUGAGGAGUACAUUCAAAGGUGCUUUAAGAAGGAUAGAGAAACCUCCAGCUUGGCUCUGGGGUUUCGGCUUUCGGGCUUGCAGAUUCAUGUGAGCCAAAAAGCUGGAUACUGGAAGCCAGGGAGGAAAUUUUUGCAAAACUCUUCAGCUGAGAAAGUUAAGAUUAUUCUGAAGAAAUUUGUUUCUUCAAAUGCUUCUGCAGAUUCUGAUGUGGAUGAUCUUGAUUGUGUUUUUGCAUCAUCAAUUUAUGGUGGUGCAAAUGGAAUUUUGGCACAAUUAUUGGAGCUCAAGACUUGGUUUGAAGAUCAGAAGUUUUACCAUUUUUAUUCUAGCUCAGUGCUGAUGGUGUAUGAUAAAGAAUCUAUGCUGGAAACUAAGUCGAAUGCAGCAAUUAAACUUGUUGAUUUCGCACACGUUGUAGAUAGCAAUGGUGUAAUUGAUCAUAAUUUCUUGGGUGGGCUCUGUUCUCUAAUCAAGUUUAUCUCCGAGAUUUUGACCGAUCAUCUCGACUGCCUGAACAAAACUUGUCUGCCAUGCUCUGACAAUAGUUUGAACUGCAAUCGUGAUGACUCUGAUCGGUAAGCAGCUAUCAAGGUUCAAACAUUUUUGUUUAUGAAGAAGGAUUGUAUCAGUGUUUUAACUCUGAACAGUAAUCUCAUAUGCUUUUAUCUUAUGAAACAAUCUCACCAAAUGCCAUUACUGAAUGUUUUGAGAAAGUAAUUCAUUUACUUGUUGGAACUUUAGGAACAAAAUUUGUUGAGUUAUUGAUCAGCCCUAUGUCCAAUUUUGUUUGGUUUGUAA